UGUGGGAUACUUUGCCCAUGCGCAGCUCAAAACGGUGGAGUUUGAACUUUAAACUUCAUCCCUUCCGCUUUUACUUUCUCCUUGAGCUCAAAAAUUUCAAGAAUCAUUUUCCGAAGAAACCUUCAAGCUGGUCCAAGAAUAAUUUUCUGCUCAGGGCUUGACUAUGCUGUGCGAAGUGGAAUGUGUUUUUAAGGUGCUCUUUCCUGUCAACAGCCUAAAUAAAAGUGGGCUUGUUGCAAAAAGCCAGAUUGCAGCACGCCUUUUGUAUCAACUGUCAAAUAUCAGGGUCACAGAAGAAUGUGGUUACUUUCUUGCAGUGACUGAACUGAGGAGCAUAGGCAGAGGAGUUCCAGAUGAAUCUUCAACAUAUGUUCUCUUUCCAGUGACCUUUUGUUGCCGCACCUUCUUACCCAAGAGAGGUGAAGUAAUGAUUGGCACUGUUUAUUAUAUACAUGAACGUGGAGUCUUUCUCAAAUGUGGACCUAUGAAUUUUAUUUACCUCUCGCGUCUAAAGAUGCCAAACUAUAAUUUCAUUGAUGGGGUUAAUCCAUUCUUCUUGAGCAAUGACCUUUCCCGAAUUGAGAAGGAUUGCGUCAUCCGUUUUAUGGUUUUUGCUGUUCGAUGGAAUAAUCGGGACAGGGCUAGGCAUUUCCAUAUUCUUGCUACAAUUGAUGAUGCUUCUCUUGGACCAGUUCAAUUGGCAGGAUCUGAAGGAUUGGAUUUGUAAAAUCCCUGAAAACAUAACUUUCUCACGUAUGUCUUUAUUGUCAUUGCAGGUUACUGUUGAUGAAUGUAUUUUCUUGUAGUUUAGUGAAGGCUUUAGAAAUGCUGUGAUUGUUGAUGCUUUGCUCAACUUGUACUUAGGAAGAGCUUAGUUCAUGACAAGUGGAAAAGCUUUAUACUUGUUGUAUAUGUGUAAUGAAGAUGAAUUUGAAAUUCAAAAGUUUUGAACAUUAAUAAUGUUUUCCCUUUAA